AUGGACUUACUAUUAGAGCAGUUUGAGGCCGCAAAGAUACAAUAUCAAGAGGAUAGAUACAUGGCCCCAUGUUGCAACUCUGGUUGGGCUAAACUAGACAAGUACUAUGCUCUUACAGGUAGAACCCCAGUCUAUAUAGCAACAACAGUGCUGUGCCCAGCAUUCAAAUGGGAGUACUUCAAGUCUACUUGGGAGGAUGUGUGGAUCACUAGAGGAAAGGUUAAGAUGCAGGAAUUCUGGGAAGAGAAAUACAAGUCCAAAGCUAUUGUUCUUCCUCCACAAGCAAACACAAAAACAACGGUGCAGUAG